UGGACAUCGACCAGCACAAUUUGCGUUCCAAUUGGUUUGUAUGUUUGGAAGGAUAGUUUACUUUGACUUAAAUUGUUUUUUCCUUUCCCAGUGAUGAACCACUGAAAUGUGGCUCUGCUGUAGAUUAUAAUCAUAAGGGAUUAUCUUUAGCUCUUUAUCUGGUGUUGAGAAGGACAGAACUAACUGCCAUGUGGUAAAUACACGUGCGAUCCUACGUAAAUAUUUCAGACUAAUUUGAUGGAAAGGUCCAGUGGGAAUAUAACCAACCCUUUGCACAUCUAGGAGAAGAUGUUCCUCUGGUCAUCAGUGUUCUCCAAGGAACCCCAGGUUCCUGGUCAGCGCUCGCCUGAGGAGCUGGUAACUAACAUGCUGAUGUUGGAGCUGGGCUCUUUGGUGAAGCGCACUGAGCGCCUCCGCCAGGAGAGGGCGACGGAGAACCGCAGGCGCAGCUCUUGUGUGGAUUACAGCUGGCUGGCUGCACCUCCACAAAAGUCCUCCUAUGAGAUUCCAGCUGGGGAGAUACUGGAGCUUCAGGAUCUGUGUGCCAAGGUCUCUCCCUCCCAAUGCGGUCCCCUCGUUCUCAGGCUGAGGAAAGUGGUGACAGAGGUAGAGCCAGAGGUGACUGAGGUGUCUCGCCUGUUCCGUUCCAUUCUGUGUAACUUCCUGGACGAGGCGGAGAAGGGGGAAGCCAGGGAGAGAGCACUGAAGGCUCGACCCAAUCGCGGUAAGAGCAUGUCUGUCAUCAACCUGCGCUCACGGAUCCGCAUCAGCCCGCUGUGGAGUAGAGUCACAGUCAGGCGUGAUGCUGAGGACCAAGCCGAGGAGGACGAUGAGGAUGAAGACAAUAUCCACAGAAACAGGAUCAGUAGCAUGCCUGAUAUCAGUGUAGUGGAAGAAAGAGCGCUGACCUGAACAAGCUAUAUUUGGAGUAGGAAACUCCAGGUACAAACAAGUACAAAGCUGGUAUCCUACGCUACACGGUACAUAUUAGUACCUUUUGAAAGAGUACUGCCCCAGUAACAGUUUUGUUGCUUUUUAUUGAGAGUGUGGAAAGGUUCUAUUGAUAUUAAAGGUUCUUCAUGGAACCUUAGAUGCUAAUAAAGAUCUUGCUGAUUCAUCAUCAUGAACCUUUUCUACACUUCCCUGCCUUCAAAUGUGGCAUAUUUAUCAAAUGCAAGAAUUAAAGAGUUUUAAAAUGUCACUUUUCAUUUAUUUCAAAAUUAACUUCAUUAA